AUGGAUUGCUGCUUUAUGUUCGGACGGAGAUCUCAACAUGCUGUUGAAGGCGAUGAUGGUGAGCAUCCUUUGCACAUAUUUGCCUGGUCCCUUCCAUGCUCAAACAAUUCUCCGUUCUUAUAUGCUUUCUUCUGUGGUUGUUUCUUUGUCUCAGGUGAACAUAGUGUGAAGGUCUUUUCUUACAACGAGUUGAGAAAGGCAACUCAAGAUUUCAGUGGGGCAAACAAGAUUGGAGAGGGUGGUUUUGGUUCCGUAUUCAGGGGAAUGCUCAAAGACGGCACACUAAUCGCAGUGAAGGUUCUGUCAGCCACUUCAAGGCAAGGUGUCCGAGAGUUCUUAACUGAACUUACAGCAAUUUCAGACAUCAAGCAUGAAAACCUCGUCACACUUGUUGGUUGCUGCGCUGAAGGGUCCCAUAGGAUCCUCGUUUACAACUAUCUUGAGAAAAACAGCCUUUCACAGACAUUGCUAGGUACUAACACUUUGUCCUGCCGAGCAUUUCUGCUGUUCGUCGAUUCCUUCAUUGGUUGUCAUACUUACAGAUGUUCUGCAUGUGCUAUUGCAGGGUCUGGCUAUAGCAGCAUCCAGUUCAACUGGAGGGCUCGUGUCAAAAUUGCCGUGGGCGUUGCCCGCGGACUUGCAUUUCUUCAUGAGGAAAUCCGUCCUCACAUUAUCCACCGCGACAUAAAAGCGAGCAACAUUCUUCUCGACAAGGACCUCACCCCGAAAAUUUCUGAUUUUGGAUUGGCGAGGCUCCUUCCUGCCAAUGCAACUCAUGUUAGCACCCGAGUGGCAGGCACAUUGUAA